GUGUACAGUCCCCCGGUGACCAAGGACCCCCGCAAGCGGAGGGAGUCGGACGGCAAGGGCCCCAAGAAGAAGGCGGUGCCAGCCGAGGGCGGAAAGCCUUGCCGAGGAGAGCCUGAGCUGGUCAGCGCGAUGGAAAGGGAGCUGCUCGAGAAUAGUCCUAAUGUCAGGUUUGAAGACAUCGCCUCACUCAGUAAGACCAAGGAUGUGCUCAAGGAGGCCAUCUUCCUGCCUCUGAUCAUGCCUGACUUCUUCACCGGCCUCAGGAAGCCUUGGAAAGGAGUGCUGCUGUUCGGCCCUCCUGGCACCGGCAAGACCCUUCUCGCCAAGGCAGUCGCCACGUGCUUUGCUUACCAGAUCGGCUAGACCGCCUUCUUCAACAUCAGCGCCUCCUCCCUCGCCUCGAAGUGGCGAGGGGAGUCCUAGAAGAUGGUCCGGGUGUUGUUGUUCGAACUCGCCAGGCAUCGGUCUCCCUCCACCAUCUUUUUCGACGAAAUCGACGCCAUCAGCUCCAAGCGCAGUGCUGGGUGCGAGGCGAGCCACAAGGUGAAGACAGAGCUGCUGGUGCAGAUGGAUGGGAUCGGGACCGACUCGGAGCGAGUGGUGGUCAUUGCGGCGACCAACCGCCCGUGGGAUCUGGACGAGGCCAUCCGUCGCCGGCUCGAGAAACGGAUUUGUACAGUCUAAUCAGACGUGCCGCUGCCUGACGCCGAGGCCAGGAGAGAGAUGUUCUAGCUGAACUUCAGGGAAAUCGAGGUGGAGGAGGGCAUCGACUGGGCGGGGUUGGUGGCCCUGACGGAGGGGUACUCGGGGGCCGACAUCUCGAGUCUGUGCAAGGAGGCAGCCUACAUUCCGAUGCGAAGGCACAUUAGCGAGAUCGGAGGGUUCCAGAACAUCGGCAGGUUGGAGCAAGGCGAGCUGAGAGCAGUCAGCGAGCAGGACAUCGCGACGGCUAUCAAGCGUGUGAGCCGGUCGGUCGGCGCGCAGGACCUCAAAGCCUACGAAGAGUUUGCUCGGGAGUUCGGGUGCGUGUGA